AAUGUAUAUUCAAGCACAACAGACACAAGCUAACACGUGUAGCAGACAUUUUACAAAAUCUACUUUUUUAUUGGCAUUCGUGGUACUCUCGAUAUUUGGAAAACGAAUCGAUUUCUCGAUGGAAUUUCAUGAGAUUGCCAAGUCGUCGGGCGGCAGCUCGAGUGCCAGCAGCAGCAAGAAGGAGCACGAUGCGGCCUUUCGCAAGCUGCGCCAGCUGAUCUGCAAGCUACCUAUGUCCGAUCAGGUAGUGCUCUACCGCGACCACCAGGAGGUGCAGCACGUCUGCGACAGCGUCUGGCGCAGCGCACACAAGCGCCUGGACUUCCGGCAGCUGGAGCAGGAGCUGAGCGGCGAGCCGCUGUGCUACUUCCUCAACAACAUGAUGGACCACUUUCGGUAUGUGUACUUCACAGCCGAUCGCCUUCAGGACAAUCUCAAUGUGCUGGAGCGAGCCGGUGUCAAGGCACUGAACAGUGUGCAGCACUGCGAGCUGCUGCUCAGCCAGCAGGCGGUGCCGAAGCUAAAGACCAAGCGGCAGCGGGAUCCGGGAGCCGGAGAUGCCGGACUCGGGCGUGUCGUCGGCAUCGCUGCGGUCCUCGGCGGCUCGAUGAUGCCACAGUGGCCGCUGCAUGCCUUGCCCAAAAUGCUGCGCAACCUGCGCCGGCUCAAGGUGUACUGCGAGGUGCAGGUGCAUUUCAUAGAGCAGUUCCAGCAGCUGGAGCUGCUGGUACUCCAUGGCGAUGUGGCCCAGUCGGCCCUCACGGGCAUCUUAGAGCGCUGCAAGCAGCUGAAGCGGCUGUUCAUAAAGUGCAAGAAUCCACCAUCCUCUCUGCAGGGCAUCACCUCCGGCCACUGUCUGCAGGACCUCUCGCUGCCCUUGCUGCUGUUCCUGGAGUCGCGCGAGGAGGUCUUGGCACUGCCCUCACUGCACUUGCUGGAGCUGACCUACGGCGAGCAGAAACCCGAGAUGGCCAUUGAGUGCAUGCGGCACGUGCUGGACGCCAAGGCCGACACCAUUGAGAUUGUCCAAAUGAACUGCGCUACCUUCGAGGGAACGUACUGGCUGCGCGAUACUGGCCUGGGCAGUUGCACCCAUCUGCAGGGACUCGUGCUGAACAACUGCCGGUUCUACGAUCGCGAGAUACUUGAUCUGAACAUGCCACGCGUUGAGAACUACUUGGUACUGAGUGGCUGUCCAGAUCUCAAGGAGUACCAGCUGCUCGAUGUGAUCAAGAAGUGUCCGAAGCUCUCGGAGCUCUACCUAAUCGACUGUCCACUGCUCACCGGCAAGGUGCUGAACGGCAUCUACCGCAUACGCAGCAGCGAGAAACUUGACUAUCCGAUUAGCAUUAUUCUUAGCCGCUGCGACUCCAUAAGCAAAGAGUAUCAGGAUUCGUACGCCGAAUAUUGGUUCUUCAAGCUGCAAGUGCUCAAGCUGGAUCGCCUGCUUGAGGAGAAUCGACCGAUCGAAGAUAUGCAGAUAUUCUUUUACAAGAGCCCGGCCACUGAAUGAAUUGCUACACUUAUAUAUAUAAUCCUAAAAUGGGACCCCAAUUAUAGUUGAAGUGAUCCCCAAAAAGCCUACGAAAAAAAUGAUUGGAGAAAGUUGAUCUGAACAGUUCAUUCGUCUCGAUUAUUACUGUUAACGGUUGCUAUCGACAGUUAGUCUUUGAAGUGUACUGAUUUCCUGUUCAACUAAAGUACUUUA